AUGAUUUAUGUAGUUUUUCGACAAAAACAACAAAAAAGGUUUCCCAUACAGCUAUGGUGCCAAUAUUAUAAUAAUUGCUACUUUCUGUGUUAUGAAGAAGUCACUCGUACUUGUGUAAAUAAAUUACUGAAGAAAGAACAGAAAAACAAGAAAGACAAGAAAAGACCGUUAACAUCCACUGACGUGAUAUCUAAGUGCGGAGCAAUAACAAUUAAUGCAAGUGACAUAGGCACUUGCAAUGAUUAUGUUUGGGUAAACGACCAGAUUAUAAAUGCUUACUUGUCGCUCAUCACCAAGGCUAAUCCUCUUAUUGCGGCUUUGGAUGCAUUCUUCUUUGUUGAUGUGGUAAUGGAGAAAGAUCUUAGCAGAUGGUUGAAGCCAGAGCUUUUCGAUAAAAAUAUGCUUUUCAUUCCUGCCAUCUACAGAAAUCAUUGGAGACUUGUGGUAAAUAGAUCUUAA